AUGCAGACAAAGGUACCAAGCAAACUCUCUGCCUUGUUCUCUGGAACCCAAGAUAAAUGUUCUGCUUGCAAAAAAACUCUAUACCCUCUUGAAAAGGUGACAAUGGAGGAAGAAUCAUACCACAAGACAUGCUUCAAGUGUGCUCAUGGAGGUUGUCCCCUCACACAUUCAUCAUAUGCUGCUCUCGAUGGAAUUCUCUAUUGCAAGCACCAUUUUGCUCAGCUCUUCAUGGAGAAAGGGAACUACCAGCAUGUCCUCAAGGCUGCCACUCAUAAAAAAAGUGCAGUGAAGCCUAUUGAACCAGAGGCAGCAGAGUCAGAACCCGAGCCUGAACUCGAACCCGAACACGAACAUGACUAA